ACAGUAAAUACAAACACUAAAACAGCGACAGCAAGUCUCUAAAAACAUCAACAUUUGAGAUUAGGUUCUUUCUCUCUCUUGCGGCUAGGGUUUUUCUCUCCUCUCUCUAACUUACUGCAUUAUUUCUUUCUACUUUUACUUAUACAGAUCUAGGUUCGUUGUAGAGAAAAUAAACGAUGAAUACGGAGGUUUUGAUAUGCUAGUUUUUCUUUGCGGAGGCGUUUUCUGUGGUGUGUUGUUUGAUUUGUGGUGAGUUUUUUGUUUAUCGGAAAUGGCGACGAUCAAUCCUUUUGAUUUAUUGGAUGAUGACGCUGAGGAUCCGUCUCUUAUCGCUGCUCAGAAGCCGGUGGUUUCUCCUCCGGCCGCCGCCGCCGCCAAGAAAGGUUCGGCUCAGACUCAAGCCAAACCGGUGGCUCCUGCUGCCAAGCUGCCUUCCAAGCCUCUUCCUCCUUCACAAGCUGUGAGGGAGGCAAAGAAUGAAGGUGGGAGAGGAGGUCGUGGUGGUGGACGAGGAUAUGGCCGUGGUCGUGGGGGUUAUAAUAGGGACUUCAAUAAUAUUGAUAGUUCAUUUGCUAACACUGGAGCACCAGCUGCGCAAGGGGCUUCUGAAGAUGGGGAUGCUGGAAAAAGUUCUGAAAGGAGGGGAUAUGGUGGACCUCGUGCUGCCAGUGGUUUCCGUGGUGGCCGUCAUGGGGGUUUUGCCAAUGGAGAAGAUGGCGAAGGAGAGCGGCCUCGUCGGAUAUAUGAACGUCGGAGUGGGACUGGACGUGGAAACGAGAUGAAGCGAGAAGGGGCUGGUCGUGGGAACUGGGGAACUCAGACUGAUGAACUUGCUGAGAUAACUGAGGAAGUUGGCAAUGAAGGUGACAAGAAUUUGGGUGAUGAGAAACCUGUGACGGAAGCUGCAGCAGAUGGGAACAAGGAGAACCUUGAUAAUGAACCAGGAGAAAAAGAACCAGAGGAAAAGGAGAUGACUCUUGAAGAGUAUGAGAAGGUGCUGGAAGAGAAGAGGAAGGCCCUGCUGGCACUUAAGACAGAGGAAAGAAAGGUGGAUGCCAAAGAGUUUCAAUCCAUGCAGCAGAUUUCAAGCAAGAAGGAAAACAAUGAUGUCUUUAUUAAAUUGGGCUCUGACAAGGAUAAGCGAAAAGAGGCAUCUGAGAAAGCUAAAAAGUCUGUCAGCAUUAACGAGUUCUUGAAGCCUGCUGAAGGGGAAAGGUACCAAGGGUCAGGUGGCCGUGGUAGGGGACGGGGCCGUGGAGCAAGAGGGUUUGGCAAUAGAGAUGGAAUCAGCAACGUGCCAGCCCCUUCCAUUGAAGAUCCUGGACAAUUCCCUACCUUGGGUGGCAAAUGAGAUCUCUCCAGAACCGAUGUCCAUCCAAUUUUGGGUUCCUUUAAUCAUGCACAGGAAAUGAUUAGAAUAACGUGGUUUCCUGUAUCAAAAGAUCUGUUUAAAUUUAUGCUUUACUAUGUAUAUUCCAGGCGUUUCAUCGGUUUCCCUGUAGUCUCAUCGAGAACAUGGGGAACUUGAAACGAGUUAUUUAUGACUAGAAAUUGCUGCUCAGUUUUGUUUUGAAAUAGAUGAACCCUUCUUUUCAAGAGAAAAAAAUAUGAAGUUUUGCAUCUUUCUAAA